AUGGAAGAACAGGAAAAGAAGGAGAGAAUGUUCUACAAGAGAACUCAAAAAAGUGAACCUGUUGAUUAUAUUGACAAUAUGGGUGAAACUGAAUUUUCUGAUUUGGAUCAUGUCAUGAAGAGAAGAGUGAGCAAUAGAUUAAGGCUAUCUGAAUCAGUUGUUGGCAUUAUUAUACCACAAAUUCAAGAUUGGAUUUGGCUUCCAAAUUCGGUUUCUGCAUGGGAAUGUAAAGAGAUUCAAAAUGAAGUGUGA